CGCCUCCAGAUGCUUACCAAAGAAAGCCCCCUGCCCGAUGUUCUAUCUUGGGGGCUCACUAACGCACUGGCUGAAAGGUUGUGUGCGCUGCCAGCCCACGCCGUAAGCUAUGUCCUUUUGGGCCGGCUUCAUGGCCAGAACUGAACAGCUGAAGAUCCUACAUACUUACUGUGUCGGGGUGUCGGUGUCAGCCCUGAACCGUCUUGUGUGAUGCCAUGUGCUUGUUAGUGGUAAGUUUGUUGUUUGUGAGAUCAUUGUUCACUGUUUGUUGCAACUUCUCUCUUGAUGAUCUGCUAUCCUUCGUGACCGACGAUCAACGCUCGUCAUGGAAUCCGGCGCAAAAAGGAGACACAUUCCACAUUGGCCGCCCUUCAAACAACCUUACCAACAACUGGGGUCUGCAGAGAAUGUCCAACUAACUCCACUCCCUCCCACUGGCGGCUCGAGCCUACCGAGUGCGAACCUGUUCAGUCCAGAUUUCAAUAGCAACACAGCCUACACCCCCGACCCUCUGGCCAGCACACCGCAGCCCCUCCUCAAAUCACCGAGUAAGUCGAACACCGCGCGGUCACAACGGCGAAGAAGAGGAUGGAGGACAAGCUCGCGAAUAGCGUUGGGUUGCGCCGUGUUGGUGCUGGUGACAAAUGUUUGCUUGACGAUUGGGGUAGUAACAGCGGGCAUGGACAUGAUGGGAGGCAUUUACAUGGUCUAUGCCGGGAGUUGUACGAAGACCGAAACGAAGGACAGCUGGGUCCAUCUUGCGCUUAACGUGGUGGCCACCGUCUUGCUCGCGAGCUCAAACUACUGCAUGCAACUGCUCUCGUCUCCGACUCGCAGCGAGCUCGACAAGGCCCAUGCUAAGCAGAGGUGGUUAGAUGUUGGCAUUCCCAGCAUACGGAAUCUCGGCUCGUUACGGAAGAAGAAAGUCAUCCUGUGGUGGCUUCUGGGAGUUUCAUCUAUCCCGCUGCAUCUGGUGUACAAUUCCGUCUUCUACUCUGCCCUUGCUACGAAUAACUAUAGUGUCCUGUACGCCUCUGAGAGUUUCGUGCAGGGCGCCAGCUAUGACAAGAACGAAUUUCCCGACACCGAAGAAUGCAAUGUUACCGACAUCCAAGCCCGCGCCAACAAGGAGUUUGUCGUGCUCAACAACGAGGAUUGCAUCCACGCGUAUGCGCGAGAUUUUGUCGAAGACCGCCGGAAUGUGAUUGUAGUGGUCAAAAAUCCUCCGGCAAACGAGGGUUCACUAUUCAAGAUCGCCGACAACGAAUUCCCCAAGGUCAUCACCAGCAAGUACAACCCUUUCGCGUGGAUCUGCGACGAUCCUGAUGUUGUCAACCAAACACAUGCAUGCUGCGAGAAUCAAUGGGGGUUUGUCCCGUGCUCCAAGAUUACGCCGAAACUGGUGGACAUAGCGGAUCAGUGGUCCACCGGCGGAUUUGAAGUCGACCAUUGCCUCUCGGAACCGGUCGAAUCCCAGUGCCAUUUGCAUUUCUCCCUCAUCCUUAUGGGCGUGGUUCUGGCUUUUAACAUCCUCAAAGUCAUUGCGAUCGCCUACGUCACCUUCUGGUUGGGAGAGUCGCCCCUGGUAACAGUUGGGGAUGCACUGCAAUCCUUCCUGCGCCAUCCCGACUCGACGACUGAGGGAAUGUGUCUUGCCAGCCACUCGAGCAUUGUCGCCUCCUCCAAACUUGGCUACAAAUCCAUGCCCAUGAGAUAUGACCCCCAGCAGCAUCGGUUUUUCGAAGCCGCGACCUGGAAGCAGUGGGCUUUUCUGCUCGGCUUGUUCUCGUUCGUGGGCGCAGGGACCGCGAUUUGCCUUGCACUCGGAAUCGAAAAUCUGAAGGGCGAUAGGACUAUCCAGAACGCGUGGUCGAUCGGCUUGAACACGGUCAAGCCUCAGAACCUGAUCAUGGGCUGGAAUCUGCCCGGCUACGGCAACAGCUCCAUCGCGAUCUCCACACUCAUCGCCAACGCCCCGCAAGCAUUGUUCUCCUUCCUCUACGUCUGUUACAACAGCCUCUUUACGGUCAUGUUCCUUUCGCGUGAACUGAUGCGUUUCAGUGUCACAGCCGGUCGCGGACGGAAGUAUCUACGUGUUAGCGAGGCCAACGGCGAGCAAAAGUCGACAUACUUCCUCAACUUGCCGUUCAAGUAUGGCCUACCUCUGCUCGUCGGCUCGGGCUUGAUGCACUGGCUGGUGUCACAGAGCGUCUUCCUUGCAAAUAUCGCCGUUAUCCCUCGCGAUGGGACAGUGCCCAUGCAAGACGAAAUCACCACGGUGGCCUAUUCGCCGAUAGGCAUGCUCUUCCUUCUUUUUCUGGGCUUCGUCCUCCUCGUCUUCCUCCUGGCCACGGCGCUUAGAAAGCUACCCUUUGGAAUGCCCAUUAUAGGGAGCAACUCCAUGGCGAUCAGCGCUGCGUGCCAUCUGCCGCCUGGCAUCGACCAGAGCGAUCGCGACGAGAUAGUGCUUAGGCCAUUGAACUGGGGUGCUGUGCCCGGCGCGGGCAAAGUCAUGGACUUGGGUAUCCACGGCCAUCAUGCCCAUGGCUUUGAAAAUGAUGAUCUGGACGAGAACGGAACCGGCUUUGGACACUGUUGCUUCAGUGACCGAGCGCUGGACCCUCCAGUAAAGGGCAAAUUCUACAUCUAGAAAGGGUUUCCCUGAACGUCUAUUGUCAUGAUCAUGCUUUGUUCGGGACUAUCUCAGGCGCAGAAAGUCCAAAGGCAUAUGUUUCUCCCUCCUUGCGGCAUCGAUUCGGCUCAUUAUUGCAAGCGCCUCUAUCUGUUUUCCUUUUAUCGCAACUUUCCCCUUCUACAUGCACUCGCACGGCUUUCACGAAGCAUCGGUCCGUCAUGAUGAAUCAACUUGUGGUUUUGGUUUUCUGCAUAGCGCUGGCGUUUUUCCACAGAAUGGGAGAGGGAAUCGGUAACAUUUAUUUUAUUUUAUUUUAUUUCCUAUUGAUACACCCAACAACCACGGCAAGAAAAGAGGGAAACAAAACUGUGUUCUAGGGACAAGAGAGUUGCUCCGAGAGCCUCUGUUAUGAAUGUCCUCUAUCGUCAGACUCUAUGUCAGAGUCAGCGGGAUCGGAAGGGUUAUACUGGUCACGGGACACGUAGAAUAUGUGGUACAGGAAUAUAUGGAUACAUUGAUAUACGUGUAUACAUGAAUGAAAGGGAAAAGUCAGGGCCUUUUUUGAAGGAAAAUCAAACCCCUUUUGAGGAUGGCGAAAGAUCUUCCUUGUUCAUACA